AUGCCUACCGGUAUCGCUUUUUUGGAUAGAGAACUGCCUUUACUAUGCUAUCAGGUCUUGAGUGAGGUUGCCGUUGUUGAGUCGAACGCGAAUGGGCUAGGAAAACGCCGUAUUAACCCAUUGUGUCCUGGUCUACAUGUUCCAAAGCCUGAUUCUAAUAUCUCCCAAGGUCGCAAAUUCUUGAAUCCUUACGAGAGAAUUUUGCAAACCGACGUGCUCAGCGAACGAUUCCUUGUGCCUUCGAAUGAAGUCGAGUCUACCCUAAUGCCGCCUUUGAAUCUGGAUAUACCAUUGCUACUUGCAUUGUAUACUGGGCCUGCAACCAGUGCCGUUGUACUCGUGCAGGUUGAACAACGGCCGCUUCUUGACAAUAUUACCUCUACGGUCCUGAAUAAAUGGAUUAAGUGA